AUGGCAGCCUCCAUGGAUUCUGACGAAGAGGAUUCGUUUGUCUCUCUAGGCAAUGCUUUAGAACAAAUCAGCGAAGAUGAGCCAAGAAAGAAACCAGUUUUUGCUCAGGAGCAACAAGCCAAGGAUAGCAGAGGACGACCAAGGUUCCAUGGAGCCUUUACUGGAGGGUUUUCAGCAGGACACUUCAACUCUGUGGGAUCCAAGGAGGGUUUCAGACCAUCAACCUUUGUGUCCUCUCGUAGCAAGAAGUGUGAGAAUGAAGACCAGGGACAAAGACCAGAGGACUUUAUGGAUGAUGAGGACUUUGGGGAGUAUGGUAUAGCCCCACGGAAGUUGGUGACUGCAGGGAAGUUUGGAUCACAGGAACGCAGAAAACGACAGUUAGAUGAGGUUAAAAACAUGACUUCAGGAACACUGUUUAGUGGGGAACCUGCCCUAGCUGAUAUUAUAACACCAGAAAGGUUGACUAUUGGUGUUAGGCUUUUGAGAAAACUUGGUUGGAAGGAAGGACAAGGGCUUGGACCUCGUGAACGGAGACAAAAAAAAAGGACAGUUCGCUCAAAACAUGUGUUCAAUAUUGGUAAGAAGUCCUAUGGCUGUGCUAAACCUCCUGAUUCCUCAAACACUGAUAAGAAGACGUAUGGGUGUGCCCCACCUCCUGGUUCAUCUGCUGGUAUAAACAGUGGUUCUGAAGAAAGUGAGGAUGAUUUUCUAGAAGAUGUGACAUUUGCCCCAAAGGAUACCACACCUAUUUCAUUUGUUGCUAAGGACAAUGAACAUGGCCUUGGUUACAGUGGCCUUGACCCUAGGGUGGCCUUGCCCUCUACACACAUCAAUCUGACUGAUCCCCAGUCAACAUCCAGAAGGAAAUUUAUGAGAGGACAAGCAUUUGGGGUUGGUGCCCUAGAGGAGGAGGAUGAUGACAUCUAUGCCACUGAUCAUCUUUCAAACUAUGACAUCACCAUGGAGAUUGACGAGGGCAAGGAAGAGCUGUAUGGGUGGACAGCUCCAGGAAGGAACAAGGGAGGAGGAACCCAGGCACCAUCUGUAGGUUACAUAGGAAAGAUCUUAGAAGGUUUCACACUGUCCACCAAAAAGUUGAAAGCCAAGAGAGGUUUUGGUCCUCCAAACAUUCCAAAGGACUUCCGACCAGUACACAAGUUUCUCCAGACACCACAAUCUGUCAAUGAAUACCUUUGUCUAGCCCCGUCAGGUUCAGAAGGACAACGUGACAGACAGAAAACAAAGAUGGACGCUGUCACCAGGGCGCUGACACUAGGCGAAUCUCCUCUCACUGGUUCAGUGUUUGAUCUGAUUUCUACAAAGGAUAAAACCAAGCUGGAUGCCAUGAAAUCCACUCAACAAGGUCCUGACAAAGACACUACUGGAGUUAUGCCCCCUGAUAGUGUUACAGAUGAGACUGCUAAAACCAGCUUCUCUAGCCAAUCAGGUCCACUAAAAAAUCCACAUAGCGAUUCUGUAAGAUUGAGCCAGAGUGAGGCUAAAGCAACAGCAGGUGAACCUAAGGACCAAACAAGGUCACAAGCACCAUUGUUUCAGGGAGGAAGUAUUGGUUUUAAGCCUUUUUCUAAAGAUCCAGCCAAACAGGAACGCUAUGACAAAUUUAUUGCUUUGAAAAAACAGGGAAAUCAAGAUGCAUAUGAGGAGGUGACAAGUGGUCAUAUGACAGAAUGGGAUCGAGGUCAGGAGAAAGAAGAGUUUCUUCGAGCAUCAAAGCUGUACAAACCUCUUCCAGGAAUGAUGGCAUCACGAUUUACUACAGCCAAGUACGAUGACAGCACAGACACAGUGGAUGUUCCGAGGGAUGAAGGAGGAGACAAAACUGACCAAAUGAAGGCAGCAGAGAUGAAGAUGUAUGGACAGCUGACCCAUGAAGAAUUUGAAUGGCAUCCACACAAAUUGUUGUGUUGGAGAUUCAAUGUCCCCAACCCUUAUAAUGGAUCAUCCAUUGUGGGACUACCCACAGUAAAGAGGGACAAGUACUCUGUGUUUACAUUCCUGAACUUCUCACAUGAAGGAGAGUCUCAAAACCAGCAGGAAAUGAAGGCUUUGCCUGCUCCUUCUGUUCCUGAUUCACCCACUGAAUCCAAGCCACUGACCUUUGACAUCAAGAAUCGCUCAAAGAUGUCUGCUCCUUUAAAAUCUGUGUUCAGUGAUCUGAUGGAGAAACCGCCCAUAGCACAGAAACCCUCUACACCGGAAUCACAGGAAUCACCUGCAGAUACCUCACAAAACACACAACAGACAGAAAAGCCAGCUGUGGAUUUAUUUGGUGCAAUAUUUGGUAAUACAGACUCUGAGGACAGCUCCGAGGAAGAUGAGGAGGAAAUGGACAAGGGGCUAAAUGAGACUAAUCCAUCACACACUGAGCUGACUUCUACUGAUCCUACAGUACUAAAAUCAGAUGAUGUAUCUAAACCACAAACACAUAUAGAAGUUGGAUCUACAAAUUCAGCUGGGAGCCCAGAGGAGACAGAGCUACAAGAGAGGCUGGCUUCUUCUCCACAGACCCUUCCUGAGGAUGAGGAUGAGCAGUAUGGACCAGCACUACCGCCUCCUGGUGCUCCAUGUCCGGUUAGUACAACUUCUACCUCAGCGUACAUUGAUUUAACCUCAACAUCUAGUCAUAAACAAAAACAUAAGGACAGACACAAAGAGAGACAUAAGGACAGACACAAAGACAGACACAAGGACAGACACAGACACAAGAAAGAGAAAAAGGCAAAACAUAAGAAAGACAAGCACAGAGACAAGAAGAAAAGUAAGAAGCACCGGAGACGCAGUGAUACCAGCAGCUCUGAUUCUAGUGACAUUGACGAGGAUAAACAGCUGAUUCACAAGUUGAAGGCUGUGAAGCAGCAGGGACUUCUUCCGACAUCAGACUUUCUAUAACAACACCACUGCUCUUCCAAGCAAACAGGUCGCUGUGAUAAAUAUACAACUCUCACAACUUUAUAUAAUUGUAAAUAAAUAAGUUGUUAAUACCUGUUAAA